UUUGACCUCUGUCAGCACGGAAAGAUGUCAGCAAAAGGAGGCAACCUCGAAUCCUCCGUGGAACAAAAUUAUGCAUAUGUUUUUCAGAGAGACUUGCUAAGGGAUAAGGUUGCAUUUGUGACUGGUGGAGGUAGCGGUAUAGGUUUUACCAUAACAGAGAUAUUAAUGAGGCAUGGUUGCAAUGCUGUCAUAGCCAGUAGGGAUUUAAACAGACUUCAGAGAGCUGCCAAGAAAUUGGAAGAUGCAACCGGACGGAAAUGUCUUCCAAUAAAGAUGGAUGUUAGAAAGCCACAAGAAAUUGUUGAAGCUGUGGACCUGACCAUGCAGACUUUCAAGAAGAUCGAUAUUUUGGUUAAUAGUGCUGCUGGUAAUUUCCUCUGUCCAGCCAGUAGCCUUUCAUUCAAUGGAUUUAAAACUGUCAUGGACAUUGAUGCUAAUGGUACUUUCUACGCUUCAAAAGCAGUUUAUGACAAGUGUAUGAAGAACCAUGGAGGUGUUAUUGUAAACAUUACUGCCACUCUUCACUACAAGGGCCAGGUGUUCCAGACACACGCAGGCUCAGCCAAGGCUGCAAUAGAUGCUAUGACCAAACAUCUGGCAUGUGAGUGGGGUAGAGACAAGGUACGGGUGGUAUCUGUGGCACCAGGUCCUAUUGCUGAUACUUUAGGCUUUAAUAAACUUGGUGGUAACGCACCUGGGGCAGCAGCCAGGUUCAUGGACAUCCCUCUACAACGAGUAGGAGAAAAAGUGGAGAUAGCAAAUGCUGUAGUAUACCUGGUCAGUGACGCUGCAUCCUGGAUCACUGGGAUCUGCCUGGUGGUAGAUGGAGGAGCCUGGCUUAGCUCAGCAAAUAGUUUCAACUAUGCCAUGCAAGCUAUGAAGGCCCAGCAGAGUAAAUUAUAGGUGAUGAAAUUGGCCAUUUUAGGAACAUUUUGAGAUAAAUAAAUUUAAAAGCCAUCAAAAUUUUCUUAAAAUACAAAUAUGCAAGAAAAAUUGAGUGACUUAUGUAAUUUCUGAAUUGACUGGAAGACUAAAUCUUCCUCUUUGGUGCAACACUUCACAAAUCUUAAAGAUUUGAAAAUGUUUAAAAAUUCUAAAUAAAGUGCACCACUGUAAUUGUUUCUUUUGAGUAGUUUUAAAAUAACAAAUGUGCAAUAAUCAGAGGGACCAUAUGAAUAAACAUAGGCAAGUGAUUAUUAUUGUGAUAUUAGGUAAGAAAAAUAUGGAUUACUAAAAGUGCUUGAAAAAAUUUCAAUAACUUGAUUUAAGAUUCAACUCACCUUUGUUAGAAUAUAUCCUUGAAUUUACUUUUGUAUCUGUAAUAUGUUACAGAUGAAUAUUUUAUAAUGAUUAAUUAUAAAUAAAGUGUUUAUAAUAGCUUUUACAAAUAGA